GCCGCCUCCCUCCCUGACUCAUUUGCUUCCAGCUCUCUAAUGCGAUCUCAAUGGAUCAAGGUUUGGAUUGGUAUUGGUUCUGCUUUGUUGAUUCUAGCCAUAGAGGAGAUCCAGCAGCAGCCAAACAACAGCAUGGUUCUGUUGUAUUGGGGAGAAUUGGGAUCCAUCUGAUAUGGGGAAAAAGAAGAGAAAGGAUUGAGCUUCCUGUGAUGGUUUGAUCAUGGGGGAUAUGGUGGAUAUCUGCUCUAUUGAUCCAAAGAUGUGAAGAAGGUCAAGUGACUGAUUGAAUCCAAUAGGAUGGAUAUCCCAUACGAUAUAGUUAUCCUAUUGGUUUGUAUUCCAAUUCCAAUCAUCUUCAUGCCUCCCUCAACGUUUGUCCAUUUUUUCCUCUUCAAGAGUCUUCAUUCCCUC